GACUGGCCAGGGGUGUUCAGCUCUUCAGCUGGGGUUCCUGUGGGCAUCAAGAGGCAUUUAUGGGCCAAGGAAAAAGAUAUCUGGAAGCAGUAGCUGAAUCAGAUUCAAAAUGUGAUUUUAUCCAUAUUUGAGUGAUUUUCCCAGGAGAAAAUAAGGAAAUGGAGAUGGUAUUGCCAAGCUCCUGUACCCACCAGCACUGGAGCCCUUCUGCUAUUUGACAGCACUGUGGACCUGCACUGGAGCUCCUCUGUGCUGAGGGGGCUGCAGGCCCUCACAGUACACCAUUGUUUGGGGGCAUUCCAGCACUGAGGUCAUUCCUCUCCCUCUGUCAGGGCAGCCCCCAGGGGUAUCCCAGCAAGGGGGACACCCCAAACCUGCAGCAUCACUGCACAUCCUGGGCAGAAUGGGUGAACAGGGCAGGGAGCUGCAGGAUCACAGCGGGGUACGUGGGGCUCCGGCACCCUGCAGCAAACCUAUGUUCCAGCCAUCCUCAGCCAGGGGUGCACGGUGCUGCUGCACCACAGCCCUGCGAGGCUGGGGUACCGGGCUGCAUCCCCACCCCCAGCAAAGCCACCGGCACCGUGCUGUGCCGAGCCGUGCUGGGUGUGUGCGUGGCCAGGAGCGCAUUGUCCUCGUUGGCGGACCGGCGCUCCUCUGCGCUGUCACCGCUGCCAGCCGGUGCCGGUGUCGGGCUGCGGACGCACGCCGGGAUGCUGCCAUACCGGCUGUGCUUUGCCAGGGCCUGGAGCAGACGGCCAGAGGAAGGGUUUGAAUGAGAAGUCUGUAUUAAUGCAGUUCCCUGGGCGUCUGACUGCAAUUCUGCUGCUGCGAACAAGGAGAUUUCUGUGCCGGAGGAGGAGGAAAUUUUAUUUAUACCUUGGGAAGCACUCGUGCGGGGAGAGCACCCGGGAGCUGCGAUCACACUGAAAGAUGCCAGUGAGCCUCUCCACGGCGCUGCGUGUCGUCGGGACCAGCCUCUUUGCGCUGGCAGUGCUGGGGGGCAUCCUGGCCGCCUAUGUCACCGGGUACCAGUUCAUCCACACGGAGAAGCACUACCUCUCCUUCGGGCUCUACGGGGCCAUCCUGGGGCUGCACCUCUUCAUUCAGAGCCUUUUUGCUUUUCUGGAGCACCGACGCAUGAGGGCUGAGGGACAGCCGGUGCGGUUGGGCCGCUCAGUGGCCCUCUGCAUCGCCGCCUACCAGGAGGAUCCCGAUUACCUGAAGAAGUGCCUGCACUCCGUCAAGCGCAUCGCCUUCCCCGACCUCAAAGUGGUGAUGGUGGUGGAUGGCAACGGCCCGGACGACACCUACAUGCUGGACAUCUUCCACGACGUGAUGGGCUCUGAGCGCGUGGGCAGCUACGUCUGGAGGAGUAACUUCCACGCACGGGGCGAAGGAGAGACGGAGGCCGGGCUGCAGGAAGGGCUGGCCCAUGUGCAGGCUCUGGUGCGCAGCACCACGUACUCCUGCAUCCUGCAGAAGUGGGGCGGGAAGCGCGAGGUGAUGUACACGGCCUUCCGGGCGCUCGGAGACUCCGUGGACUACAUCCAGGUGUGUGACUCAGACACGGUGCUGGACCCCGCCUGCACCGCCGAGAUGCUCCGCAUCCUGGAGGCCGACCCCCGCGUCGGUGGUGUCGGUGGUGAUGUCCAGAUCCUGAACAAGUACGACUCGUGGAUCUCCUUCCUGAGCAGCGUGCGGUACUGGAUGGCCUUCAAUGUGGAGCGUGCCUGCCAGUCCUACUUCGGCUGUGUGCAGUGCAUCAGCGGCCCGCUGGGCAUGUACCGCAACGCGCUGCUGCAGCAGUUCCUGGAGGACUGGUACCACCAGACCUUCCUGGGCACCAAGUGCAGCUUUGGGGACGACCGGCAUCUCACCAACCGCGUGCUCAGCCUGGGCUACCAGACCAAGUACACGGCACGCUCCCGCUGCCUGACGGAGACGCCGACGCGCUACCUGCGCUGGCUCAACCAACAGACCCGCUGGAGCAAGUCCUACUUCCGUGAGUGGCUCUACAACGCGCUGUGGUUCCACAAGCACCACCUCUGGAUGACCUACGAGUCGGUGGUGACCGGCUUCUUCCCCUUCUUCCUCAUCGCCACUGUCAUCCAGCUCUUCUACCGCGGGCGCAUCUGGAACAUCCUCCUCUUCCUGCUGACGGUGCAGCUGGUGGGCAUCAUCAAGGCCACCUACGCCUGCUUCCUGCGUGGCAGUGCUGAGAUGAUCUUCGUCUCCCUCUAUGCCCUGCUCUACAUGUCCAGCCUGCUGCCCGCCAAGAUGUUUGCCAUCGCCACCAUCAACAAGUCGGGCUGGGGCACGUCGGGCCGCCGCACCAUCGUGGUCAACUUUGUGGGGCUGCUGCCGGUGUCGGUGUGGGCGGCCGUGCUGCUGGGCGGCCUGGCCUACACAGCCUACAGCCAGGACCUGCUCAGCGACACCGAGGUUGCCUUCCUCGUCUCGGGUGCCGUCCUCUACGCCUGCUACUGGGUGGCCCUGCUGACGCUCUACUUGGCCAUGGUGGCCCGGCGCUGCGGGAAGCGGCAGGAGCAGUGUGGGUUGGUCUUUGCUGAGGUGUGAGGAUGCCACGGGUCCCCUUGCAGUUGGUGCUGACCCAACGGUGGCCAUCUGGCUGCUGCUCCCUGCAUGCGGCAGCGCUGAGCGCACCCCGAGGUCAGCAUUU